AUGGCAUAUGAAAUUUUUAUAUUAUUAUCUACAAUUUCGUUUGUUUCGAGUUUUUCAUGUCGGCUCUUUGGAAUAGAUCAAACAACGCUCGAUACAAAAUUUAUCGAAUUCUAUAAUACAUCGUCUCAUCGUCAUGUAUUAGAUUUAGGCGGUUCAGUAUUUCAGAGUCCAUCAGCAACAGUAAAACUAGAUAAUCGUACAUACCUUAGUACGUAUAAUACUUUUGAUAGUAAAGCUAUACCUUAUUUUUUCCUACUAAUGAUUGAUGUGAAAACUAAGUCAAUCAAACUUAACGUAUCAUUAAUCGAAAAAAAUGAUUAUGCAGGAUUUUAUCAUAUUGGAGUGACGCGUGAGAAUGGUAACAUUUAUGGUAUCAGAGAAAGUUUCAAGUCUCCGUUAAGUUUAGAAGUAGCUAACAUCAAUCAAACAACAGGUCUUAUGAAAUCUAUUGGAAUAUAUCCAGCUGGUUCAUUUAGUAUUAUCAUAGCUUUUGCCUCGAAACGCAGAUUGUAUUAUAAUGUUAUAGAUUCGACACUCUAUGGUAUCAAUAUUGAUACAGGAAAAUUAGAGGUACAUAGUCAAAUACCUGGAGAUUAUUCCAUCUAUGCUCUUGACUAUGAUUCUGCUAAAGAUCGACUCAUUGCUCUAGUUUAUCCAGCUGGAUUAAACGAUGGCGUUUGGUAUUUAGUUGAAGUCAUUAUGAAAGCAAAAGGUGAACUUGAAUUUGAUCGUAUUGGUAAAAGUGAAAUUCCAUUUGAGAAAUAUUUUUGGUCAACCAACUAUGCACUCGAUGCAGAAAAACGUCUAUGGGUUACACUAUGGGGCACAACAGAUAAUAAAAAAAAUUAUUUUUUUGUGUUCAAUAUCGAUAAUGGAAAAAUUGUUGAACAAAUGGCAACGAAUCUGACUGAAUUAAGUAAUCUUGCUUGCUUCGAUUCAAUUUGA